UUUAAUUAGAUGAUUUUUGGUAGCUAUCAGUGUAUUGGGGUGCAUGUAAAUGCGCUUGGUGUCAACAAGACAUCAUCUCUUUCAGUGGCUAUUGGUUACUGUUUACUUGCCUUUUAUUUAACUUAUUUCAAGAACAGGGACCCUGACCUCUCUUUAGUUAUAUUGCAGCCAGUGUUGUUUUCGCAACACAACUCAUUCACUCAAAUCAUGUUUACUCAAUUCUGAAGCAAACAGUCAUAUCAAAACAGGGAUUCUGCCAUAAUCUUAAGGGACAGGUGCUACACUGGAACUAAGUUACCAUUAGUCUGGUUUACUGCUCUUAAAACAUUGUUCUCUUUACUGUUAGUGAAGUUAUUUCAAUGGUUUUAUAGUGUGCUCGUUUGGAUUUCUUCUUCUACUUCUUUUUUCUAGUUCUCUAAACACUGUGCUACUUCUGUGCCAUGUUGCAUUGACGUCAAAAACAAGGUGAUGACACGAUGAAUGAAUUGUUAAUACAGCCAAGUCUUGGACACUUUUGAGUGCACAAUCAAAUGUUGUUUGGACUAUACUGACUACAGCGAGCUCUGCAGUACAAAGAUAUGUAUUCUGUGCCAUGUCGUUGUAAUCACUUGUACAGUUGACGAACUUGCAGCAAGGGCUUGCAAUGUAUGGUUCUUCGAUUGUCUACAGGGCCUCUGUGAAGACUUUGCUUAUAGUAGUCUAGUUAACCUACCUUCAAGCUCACCUGGCCUGAUAGCAUAUAGCUCAUAAAUCACAGGGCCAGUUAUGUGCUGUUGUACCGCAGCUGAGAUAAUAGGCUUGUCACCUUGCCAGUUACAUCUGUUGGACUUUACUGGGAUCACCUGGACAUCUUGCUUAUGUACACUGAAGGCGAGACACCUUGUCCUAAUGUUGGCCUGAGGCUUCUUUGAGGUCAUACACUGGUGCUAUAGAGAAAAAAAAAACAACUGAUUGACUUAAAACAACUGAAAACAGUCACGUAACGGAAGCUUGAGGUAUUUCUGUGGCUGCUUGGGUAGAAUAUAUGCAGUGAAACCCCUUGUAAAUAGAACAAGACAAACAUGGUCCAAGGCUAGCCAAGAAGCUUGGAUCGAGUUUUCCCAACAGUGACUGGAGAGUUCUGUUCUCUGAAGAACUCUUCAAAUGAUGAUCAUUGAGAGGUUCAAAAUGACCUUGUAUAUAUUGGUCUGAAAGCUCAGAACUGUUAGAGGUUACAAGACUUUAUCAGAGGUUGUAAUGUGCUUUACACUGGGGAUGCACACUGGUGCAGUUCAGUUCUGCGUAUGACAUUGCUAAGUAACGUUUAGAGGGUAGGUUUUCACUCAGGAAACAGAUCUUUAAAGAGCUGCUCCAUUCCAUACUGUUUGCCUGAUUUUGAGGUGUCAUUUAGAGUAAUGAACCAGUGAUUGAUUUUCCAGUCAGCCUCUAAUGAGCGCUUGUAUUGACAGAUCUCUGGAGGCAGUACUUCAGAUUUGGCCAAUCAGGUCUCAUUAUCAUCACCCUGACAGUGCUGGAACUUGUUGCUUUUGAAACGUCAUAGUUUCUCCUGUGGCUGGAUCGUCACACCUCAUCUUCUCAGAUCACAUCAAACUCAAACUAUCAGUGGUUUUCUAAAUGGUGCUCAAACCCAUAUUAUCUUCUAUACAGCCAUAUUUAACCAAUCUCGUUUCUACAACUUUGAAUUAACUGUUUUGGGCUUUCCUAAAUCAUAUUUCUGCGAGCUGUUCUUUAUCAGAGUUAAUUACAUAUUAUAUAUAAUCAAAUUUUUUUUUAUUUCAGAGUUUAUCAGUGAGCGCAUUUACAUGUACGGUCUUGCACAGAUUAUGCUUAAUAAGGCGACAACGUGUAAGGUCUUUGUAAAUGCCUUAAACAGUUUUCCUUAAUUGGUGUAAGGUCAUACAGUUUAAGCAAAAACUGAUCUGCAGAUGUAAAUUUUUGCCCAUUACCCUGAUUUUGCUGUGUAUUUAAACACUGACCGUUCUUACCAUCUUAUUAAACGUAUUGGUGUACAUGUAAACACACUCCGUGAUAAUUCAGUUCAGUGAAUUUUUGUGCGACUCAUUUGAAGAUCACAAAGAGGCUCAGUUUUUUAUUUUUAAAGGAAGAUAGAAGUAACAGGACAGCCUGGAGAACGGGAAAGAAGACGUGGGAGGGGAAGAGGGGGCGCGAGAGAUUAUCUGGAAGAAGAGAGCGAGCGUGUUGGAGAGGGAGAGAGAGCUGGAGCGGCAGAGGUUGGAGGAGGAGAGGAGGAACGCUGUCGAGUACACAGUGUGGAGGCUGAGGGAGGGCUUCCAGGAGAGGGGGGAGAGAGAGGAGGAUAGACUGAAAGGGAGGAGUGCAGAGGGCGGGAGAGAAGCACAGCCAGAGGUGAUCUGGAAGAGAAGAGAGGAAGAGGAGGAGAAAGCUAGGGAUACGGGUCGGCUUGGUGACAAAGGUCCCAAAAUCAUCUGGAGGAGGAGGGAAAGAGAGUGACUGGAAAAGAUGAGGAUGUGUCAGUACUAAACAUUCUCAGAUGUGUCACAGGAACUGAGGUGGCAGAUUCAGACUUGCAGUAAGAACAGUCUGUAUAAACUACCAUAAACAUUCUUCUUGUAUGAAGAAUUUGUGUAGUCUAGCUGCUUGAAGACAACUACAUGAUGUACAUCAGGGGUCUCCAACCUUUUCAAGCCAAGGACCCUUUGGUGGAUAGAGAGACAGAGCAGGGACUCAUCACAUAUUGUAUAUACAGCUGACUGUUGCAUAUUAAUGUAUUGACAUACUUUGUUACGACGCUUACAUUGCAAAGUUAUUAAAAUAAUCAUUGAUAUACAGCAUGAAAUACUUCUACAUUUAUUAAUGUGUAGGGACAAUGAAACAUUUAGCGGAACUUUAGCUUCUUAACUUAAGCUUUGAUUGAAGUUAACUUAAUACUGUAUUUUUGUGUAAUAUUUUCACAAAAGUUAGUUUGAGAUCAAACAACCUGCUGCAGUACCGCUGUGAAUCUGCAUUCACUGGAUCAUUACUUCAGCUUUUCCCAUCCAUCUAUUCCCACUCUCUUCCUCUCUCACUCCCUAUUGAUCUGUCUGUCUGACGGAAGCCUCCUCUCUCUGAGUCUCAUUUGCAGCUAAUAGGCUUUUUAUAGGACUCUGUCAGACAAGAGCUACUAAACUGGAGCCCAGCACAUGCAAAGACCAAGACAGACUGAGUUUAGUGCAAUGAUUGCAAAAUACCAACAGUUUCAUGACAAUCAUACAAUCAGUUAUGUCUGAUAAUUUGAUCAUAAGAACUAUGCAGACCUAAGAUCUGAAGCAAACUCUUCUAUACUUCUAUACAAACUCAUCUACGCUUUGACGUCUCUGUGAUCUAGGCUGAAGCUCCUCAGAUGAACACUUUCUUCUUUACUGCAUUUGUCUUUUCAUCCUUUUUGUGAUACUUUUGAGGACUGAGCUGUCAGCACUCGUUUUGUGGGUUUGAUAAUGAAGGAAUCAGUGGAUGGAGAGAAAAAGAGGACUAUUAAAGACCAGGAAAGACAAGUUAUUGAUUGUGACAGACAGACGUGGAGAGAUAUAAAGAGAAUAUAAAGAGGUUUAGUGGACACUGAGACAUGGAGCUUGUCCCAAAAACCAAAUACACACCCUUCAGGAGCGACUCCUUCAGCUUGACAGACGAGACGGCAUCCAAUCCCUCCCUCCCAUCUUCUACUCCUCUCACCCCUCCUGGCAUCCCUUCUUCUCUCUCCUCCUCCUCUCUCACCCCAUUCCUCCCCCCUUCCUCUCCACGGCAGGCUGAGAACAGCCCCACCACCCUCUGCUCCUUCUUCCCCAGGAUGGGAGCCCUGCGGCUGGGCGUGUCUUCCAGUCUGCUCCCAGGCCUGAAGGCCUACAGCAGGCCGUCAAGCUUGGCGAGCAGUCAAGGUUUGGGGGAGUCUCCGGAAGACAGCGGCACCUCAGCCACCAGCUCUUCUCCUCCUCCUGUCCUUUCUUUAACAGCUCCGUCUCCUCCUCCUCAUCCCCCACAGGAUAUGAACCGGCUGGGUGGAGCCUCGCGGAGGGCCCGUGUGGAGGGGGGCCAGCUUGGUGGAGACGAGUGGACUCGGCAUGGCUCCUUCGUCAACAAGCCCACACGAGGCUGGCUGCACUCGGACAAUGUUGUCAGCACCACUGGCGUCUCUUACAAUGUCAGGUAUAUGGGCUGUGUGGAAGUGCAACAGUCAAUGAGGGCACUGGACUUCAACACCAGAACUCAGGUUACCAGGGAGGCAAUAUCAGUGGUAUGUGAGGCAGUGCCAGGUGCCAAAGGAGCUCAACGCAGGAGAAAGCCCUCCUCCCGUUGCCUCUCGUCCAUUUUAGGGAAAAGUAAUCUCCAGUUUGCUGGAAUGACAAUCAGCCUCACCGUCUCGACCAGCAGCCUGAACCUACUGGCAGCUGACUGCAAACAGAUUAUCGCCAACCAUCACAUGCAGUCCAUCUCUUUUGCAUCAGGAGGAGAUCCAGACACAGCAGAGUAUGUAGCCUAUGUCGCCAAAGACCCUGUCAAUCAAAGAGCAUGUCAUAUCCUGGAAUGCUCAGAAGGCUUGGCUCAGGAGGUCAUCAGCACCAUUGGUCAGGCUUUUGAGCUCCGCUUCAAACAAUACCUGAAGAAUCCCCCAAAACUGGUUGCCCCUCACGAUCGGAUGGCUCCAUUUGAUGGGUCAGCCUGGGAGGAAGAGGAAGAGGACCUGGCUCCACCCCCAGAAGUUCCGUAUUACAAUAACUUUCCUGGCAAACAACCUCCUCCCGGAGGCUUGGUUGACAUGAGGACCCGCCCUGGACACAGCACAGGAGCCACAUUGCCCUAUGGACAGCCCAGCCAGAACGACAUUCACAAGCAGCCUCUACCUCCUCUACCAGUGGGUGUAAAGGAGGGUGGUUUGUUUGAUGACCCCUCAUAUGUGAACGUGGAUAAGCCCCGCCUCCCAGCAGCAUCAGCAGCCAAUGGAAAUGCUCACAGAGAUGCUUUUGACAUGAAGCCGUUUGAUGACGCUUUAGGAGUGUCAGGUGCAGUGGCACCCCCUCUGGCAGAGCAGUUGCAGAACGAGCCUUGGUUCCACGGGCCUCUUAGCCGAAAACAGGCUGAAAGGCUUCUGACUAAGGAUGGAGAUUUCCUGGUGCGGGAGUCAGGCACCACACCAGGCCAGUAUGUCCUUACUGGGCAGCAGGGCAGUCAAGCCAAACACCUGCUUCUGGUGGAUCCAGAGGGAGUGGUGCGCACCAAAGACCACCGGUUUGAGAGUGUUAGUCACUUGAUUAGCUAUCAUAUGGACAACAGGCUGCCAAUCAUCUCAGCAGGAAGUGAGGUGUGUCUGCAACAGCCAGUCGAGCGCCGAGUUUAAGAGAAACAUCCUGAUUUUUCUCCACAAGAAAAAAAAAAAACUCCUCCCUUUCCCACAUUUUUGCCAGACUUUAGCAGAGAAUGACUUUUUCAAGUGGGAGUGUAAGCUAAUCAUAUAUUUAAAAAAAAAAUUGUACUGCGUCAACCACAGACCAUGAAAUUUCAAAGCGAUGCAAUCAUUAUACUCAAGGACUAAAAGACAUGCAAAUCAUUUGAAAAAGCGAUUACAAAAAGCCAAACUCAAAUGGAGAGACAUCUGAAAGAGUAAAACAAACAGUUCAGUGAAAUGGAUGUGGCAUCAACACAGUAUCAUGUCUUGAAUUAAGACUGGGGUGCAGCUGUAACCAUGGCAACAGACUUGGGCAUUCUUGGAGUCUAGAGUUGAUCUGCAUGAACUAAAAUUGCAGCACCUUUGUAGCACUCUAAUGAUUGGGAGUUCACUUCUAAUGCAAUCCAAAGACUCAAGACUGCUUCAAACAGAUUAUUCGUUUUCAGAGAGCUGUUUGCUGCAGUCUGUUUGUGAAUCCCCUGCAUUAUCCUGUCACAAGCCUUGGUCUUAAGACUGUUUGAUGAAUAUGCAAAACUUUAAAGAGAAUACAGAGCUCAUUCUCCAAACACAGGCUUCAACAUUCAGUGUCUCCAUUAAAUGAAUCCCAUCCAUUGUAAUUCCCACUGCAAUAUCACUUUGCCAGUGUCUCCACCAGGAAAAAACACUCCAAAUUGCUUCUUUUUCUCACCCUGAAAAUGCCCUUUACAGCAUUCCAACAUGAUCCCAGGAAUGACUGGGAAUUUUGGCCAUUUGGGAACACCCCUGAACAUAUGUGAAAGCUUUAGCAGCCUGCACAGGUACUGUGUGGAAUUUUCAUUAUGCAACUAAGCAGAUGCUGUGAGGAAUUUAUCCUACCCUUUAUGAGGUAAAAUUGCAGACAUCCUAGUAUGUGGGAAAAGGGACGUUCUCUCUCCAUUACAUCAUCAAUCAACCUAUGAGGAAAGGGAUGAGAGAAAAUAAUAAAAUCAGUGCAAACAGUGGACAUGGACAUAUUAUAAGCCUAUAAUCUGAAUAGGAAAGACUGGACUUGUUCUAUACUGAGUGUGAUGACUUAAUGACACAAAGCAAAUCUGUUUUAAAGCCUUCUUAUGAUGUCAUAUUAAAUAUGAAUUUAUAUACUUGUUGCAUUGAAGUCAUCUCCUUGAACAGCUGACAUCAUCAGCUGGAUGGUUUAAUUUUAUAAUGCAUUAGGAAUUUGAGCAGAAGCUUUAUUGUUCUUUGUCUUUUUCAUGUGGACAUUUCUUCUCUGUUCGCAUUGACAAUCCACAGUAUCUUUAUGUGUAUUGAAGUGUCAGCUGCUUCUGUGUGGUUGGAGCCUAUAGUUUCAAGACAAAGUGAAAGGAUUCAAAAACGCACAUGCUUUUCAAAGAUUUGCUAUAAUUAUUAGACUGCAUUUGAAUGAUGCGUAUUGCAAGUGGGGCAGGAUCACUUGUCUUUCCUUGCCUGUCAAACUCCGAGGCCUCUAUUCAGGAGGACAAAAAGCACUCCAAAUGAAUUCUGAGCAUUAAAAAUCUUUUUGCAGCCAUAAAGUGCAGUUUCAGUAUAAACCACAGACAGGAAGAGGAAGGACAGAGUUCUUCCUCACUUUAUUCUUUUGUUCUUCUUUGUUCUGGUAUAGAUUGUGCCUUUUUAACUUUACACAGACACACCAGUGUAACUCAGUCACCUUUUGUAAAUCUAUGGGUAAACAUGACACUUUCUUUUCUUAAACAAUUGAGAAAAAAAAAAAAAAAUCUGUGAAAAUGACACGAGUUAAGUGAGAUUUAGUACAGCUUUUUGGAAGGCAGUCUGCAUAUUUCCUCUGCACGAUCUUUCUGCCUUGCUGUUGUACUGUGCUCUUAGUUUAGUGCUGAUCUGUGGUUUAAAUAAAACUGCUCGGUGUCAUGUUACAUUGCUUAAACUUAAAAUUGUUUUUUUAAGAACUCCUUACUCCAUUUCUCAUUGGUGACCUAAAACAGUUGCUUAACAUUCUGUAAGAACAUGUAAAUAAGCUUUUCAUAUGCUCAUAGUUAUUUUCAUCAUUAUUUCUGAGCAUAUCACAUCUGAAGCCAGUUAUCUGUCUCAAAUGAAUCUGUAGGGAAUUAUCACAUUUGUAAAGGAUUGUACUAGGUGACUUAUUGGCCUACCAUCAUGGGGGAAAAAACAAAUGUAAAUAUUUGACAAGACAAUGUUAAAACGUCACCAUAUCCAUAAGAGUGAUAACCUAAUGUGUUCUCCACACAGCAGCCACAAAUCUAUGUAAAUGAUGAGGUUGUUCUUAGUCAGAUCUGCAAAGACCCUUAGCAGCCCAUAUCUGGAUGCUUUGUCAAUCUGAAAUUGGUACCUGGCAACUGUUUUAUUUUUUGAUCUUUUUAUAUGGAUGCAAUUUGUGGAUUAUCAGUCAACAUUCAUUCCACAUUAUAAAUUUAGCUGCAACUGAAUGUGACCUGCCCUCACAUUCUUGUGAAUUUUAGCCUGUUGUAAUUCAAAUGUAUGCUUAUAGCAAAAGGAGAAUGGUUUAAUGUUUGUUUGUUUUUUAAUCAUUUGACUUUUCACUUUUAUGUGUUGAUGGUCAGACUACUGGUUCUGGUCAGUAUAAUUGGUAAUAUACAGUUUGUUCUGUUUCAACAAAGAAUGUUUGUGUGAGUAUGUAGAGGCAUAUGUGUGCAGAGCUGUAAUGGUCUGGAAUAAUCUGGUUUUUACCUCUCUUGCUCACCACUCAACUGUUUGCUCAUUUUCAUAAUUUACAGCGGCCUUUGUUGCAUGGAAACACUUCCUGUUAUUGUGGUAAUGGUGACCUUUGUGUUGUGGUUUGUUGUAUGCUAUUUUCUUGUUUGCCUAUAUAAAUAUUGCGUAGUUGUUGUUUUGUUGUUGUUGUUGUUUUACAUUUUUGAUUGUUUUAAUAAUCCUUUUUAUGUUGUGGUUCUAUGGGGAAAACAUAAAUGUUUACACCUGUAUCUCAAACAAUAGAUUACAUAUAUAAAUGCAUAUAUCAUUCA